CCAUCACGAGCCACUGGGAACGGGUUGCCCGGGAAACGGCCGCAUGGCAACAGGAUCAGAGCCUGGGGGUUGUCUGCUUCUAGGUCUGCUCCCAUUUUACAUCGCAUUUCCUCACUAGAUGGUGUGCAAGCCACUGGAGAGUACACUUCCCCGCACAGUGGGCUCUACAUCCAGCAAAACAAAACCUGGGAAACUAUACGGCGGACCAUUUCUUUACGGGGCUCCGAGGAGGAAAAGUGUGGAAAUAAAGCGUCGUUCGCGUCAAAGGUUUUCUUUUUUUUUGAGCACAACCCGACGCUUUAUUUUUUUUUUUGCAACAAGAAGACUUGGGGGAAAAAAGCGGCAACAAAAUACAGCUGUGAUGGACAUAAUGAUUGCGGUGCAGGAUGCUUGUGUCUCUGGUCAGUGGCUUACUGCGAUAAUUCUCAGCCUGUGCUGCUUUCUGCCGUCCUGUUUGCCCGCUGGACAAACUGUGGACUAUUCCUCGGUUGAAAGUGUGGUCAGCAGACAAGGCGACACGGCUCUACUGAGGUGCUACCUAUUGGAUGGGAUCUCUAAAGGAGCCUGGCUGAACCGCUCAAGCAUCAUAUUCGCAGGGAAUGACAAGUGGUCUGUAGACCCACGCGUGUCCAUUGUGUCCAGCGUUGGAGACAAACAUGAGUACAGCCUUCAGAUACAGAAAGUGGAUGUAACUGACGACGGCCAGUACACGUGCUCCAUUCAGAGUGAGCGUAACCCACGGCCAAAGCUCCUCAACCUUAUUGUAAAAGUUCCUCCCAAGAUAUAUGACAUUUCCUCUGACAUCACGGUAAACGAGGGCAGCAACGUGUCGCUCAUCUGUACAGCCAGUGGGAAACCUGAGGCAACCAUUUCCUGGAGACACAUAACCCCAUUAGCCAGGAAGUAUGACAGCGGUGAAUAUCUUAACAUCACCGGCAUCACAAGGGACCAAGCUGGAGACUAUGAAUGCAGCGCUUUAAAUGACAUCGCCUCUCCUGACACCAAAACAGUAAAAGUCACGGUCAACUUUGCCCCCUCUAUCCAUGAGAUGAAAAGCCAUGGAGUUGGUCUGGGACGCACAGCUCUGCUAAGGUGUGAGGCAGCUGCUGUCCCUUCUCCGACAUUCGAGUGGUACAAGGGCGAGAAAAGGAUUAUCAAGGGUCAAGGCAUCGACAUCAAGAGCCUCAGCUCCAGAUCAGUCCUCACAGUGACCAACAUGACAGAGGAUCGUUACGGGAACUACACAUGUGUCGCCUCCAACAAUCUAGGGACGGCUAAUGCCAGUGUGCCUCUCAUUCCAAUUAUUGAACCCACCACCACUAGUGCUGUCUCAAGCCCAGCGCCCAACACUGCACCCUAUGGGAGCACAGGAAGCGCAUACGUCCCGCUGGCCUGCCGAUACCUGGUCCUGGCUCUCUCCUCCUUCAUCAGCGUGUACUAGCAGAGGCCAGCCCAGACACAAUGACUGUCGAGAGCAUUUAUGAAUCCUUUUUGACAUUGCUGAUGGCUGGAAUCCAAUCUGGUACAGUUUGUUGAAAAGCCGUAAGGGGAAAAUAAUCAGCGUUACUUUGUGUGGGGAAUUUUAUUUUUUUCUUUGCUUUUUGGUGAAAUUUCUGUCAUGUAAAUACUAUGAUGUUUUUUUUAUUAUUAUUAUUUCCUAUCUUCUUUUAUGAUUGAUUGACCACCUUGUGAAUCAGUGCUCAGCCCCAGCCCCACUCCACCUCCACUCAUAUCAAAAGCCCCUAAACUUCCCAAAUGAGUUACUUUCAUGCCUCUUUCUCUGGGAGGCGAUGGAGCAAAAUUGACAUUUCCAUCCGUUUUUGUACAUGGCUAAAAAGACGCAAUUGUGCCAAGUCUCUCAGUACACAGAAUUACCAUACCAAUGUUGUAUUGAAUGUAUUAUGGGUUGUUGAACAAAGGAAAGACAUUUAGAUUCCUAACAAUACAAAUUCAGAUUAUGGAGUGUGCUAAAAAAAAAAAAAUACAGAAAAACCGAAAAAAAACAAAAGAACAAAAUAGGCAGGGCUUUUUCAGGACCUGUAUUGUCAUGAUUACUCAAUAGAUGGAUGAACAGUGUUGAAGGUGUGCUUUGUUGUAUUCUGAAAUGGGUCCUUCAGUUACUAUGCCUGCCUAACAGAUUUGAUCAGGCAGCCGUCAAAGUAGCAAGGUAUACUGUAUUGUAUCUUUAUAUUUUAAUAUAGUGUAGGCUUUUAUUUUGAAGUGGGACCAGCUUUUCUCAUUCGACCAAGAACAUUAACACAGUUCAUGACUUUGUACAGUAUGAAGGGAGGAACAUCGCUGCCCUAUGUUUACAUUUUUCUUGAAAAUAUAAAUACUACAGUAUAUACUGCAUACUUUUUUUUUUCAGUGAGUCCACAUAUUUGUGAAUGUUGCAACAAACUGUUGCUGUUGGGGAGAAAAAGCGAGUUCAACUGUUUUAAGCUUUUCUCUUAAAGAUGCAGUUCUUUGAAACAUGCCACUUCAGUGGGCGUCUGAGCAGAGGGUUUUGUCUCUGAAUUUGCUGUGUACCUAUUGAUCAUCUACUGGCUGAAAACCCACAGCUGCACACCGUAGGUCGCUUGAAGUUUUUGAAGAUACUUAGAUAAUGGAUUCUGGCAAAGCAGCAGCUAUCUUUCUUUACAGAUAGUUCAAUACUUAAAUAUAUUACAAUCACUGUUACAGUAAAUAUAUUUAUUUAAUUGUACCAGUUAACAAGUAACGGAAAUUCACGCCAUGUAACUUAAGAUUUCCGGCGAAACAUAAUUGGUAAAGUACAAAAAAGGUACUAAUAAUGAAACCUGCUUUGUGAGUGCUUCUCAAGUUAAUUAUGAGAAACAGAACACAAAAUAAAGUUUCUGAACAUGCUCAUCACUACAAACAUGGUCUAAGGUGCUAAGAGCUCCUCCAAGAUGAGUGUCCGUUUUAUUAAACACUCAAACAGUGUCCACGGCGCCAGUGAACAUCCGGCAGGGUUGAGAACAAAUUAAACCAUGAGGUCGUUUAAUAGAAGAAAAUGUGGCUUUUUGUUCACUGAAAUCAACCAUAUCAAGGCUCAAAAACAACAUUAUUGUAACGGUUUACUUUAUGACAAGACAGGGCAUAUUCAUCCUUAACUAUCUUCAAUCCAUGGUGUAAACAGAGAUACUGUACUGUAAUGCCUUAAUAGUACCAUAGACAUUAAAUGAACCUCCUUUAAAAGGACACUUCCAGAAUAAAAUACAACUCAUUUGUUUGACAUAUUACUGAUUAUUGAAUGUUCAUUAACCAAUAGCUGACUUAUCUUUCAAAUUAGGCAUUCUAUUCAGUAAAGACAAACAAUUCUCAACUUAUGGCUCUCGCAGGUAUUUUCAAAUAAGCCAGAUGCAUCUGAUAAAAAUGCAGUAUUUGUCGUGCAGGUUGACAUGUUUGCAAGUCUUGCUUUGGAUUUGGAUUGUGUUAUAUUUUGGCCCACGAUCGAGGGACUAAUAGUACCCAAGUUCACACAGUAUUUUCACAUGAACUUGUAACUGCAAACCUAUAGAGAAAUAGCCAUCGCAGUUAAAAGACUUAAAGCACAAACACUGUUAUUACUUUAACGUUUUGUGAUGAUUUGUUUUAAGGUCUGCUAAACAUUUUCUUUUAUUUUAUUGUUUGUACUGAAAUUGUUAUCAGCUUGUUUUACAAAUUAUGAAAAUACUGCACCAUAUGAUCUUGUUUAAAUGUUAAGGUAUAAUGAAAAUGGGUCAGAAAUAUAUUUAUUCUCUUCCUUUAUGAAAACAAUGUAUAAAAAAUAGAUUUGAAACUGUAAAACUGGAUAUGUGACAUUUAUUUGAAUGAGGCACAGUAUGGCAUAGUUUAUAAUGUUGUCGGGUUCAUUUAGAUGCCAUAACUGUUGUUGAUUUUUUGUCAGACGAGUACAUUAAAAAGAACAAUGUUUGCAAUCAAAUUACCUACUUUUUGAAAGUGAGAGGGUGUGAACCAAUAUAACAGUAUUAUAGAACAGAAUCAAUGUGUGUAUAUUUGGAGAAAAUAGGAUACCUUUUGGUCUUUAGAGCCAGUGUGUAGUCAUAGUUUUCACACACUUGCGUGUUUGACGAUGUGCAGAGAGUAUGGUUGUGCUGCAUGUCAAAGUUAACCUGUGUUUUUUGAGGUGGCCAUUUUACAGAUAUUCAUACUUUUUAUGAAUGGAACCAGCUUUUCAACACAGUUGGUUCUUAAACCUGGUCUAAAAAUACAUACCUCCUACAGACCACCAGGCUAUGAUUGUUUGUGAUUUAUUUGAAUCAACUUCGCUGAUAAACUAAAACAACUGCUAUUCAGAGUCAUAAUGAUUAUUGUGGCACAUUGGUGACAGUCUGGAGUUAUGUUGGUUGCUUGUCUAAGCAGUUAAGACCAUGCUAGUAUUCCAUAUGAAAUGUACUGGAUGUUGAUUCUUUUGAAUAAUGGUAUUAACAAGUCCCUUUUAUCGAACAACUAUUAUUUGCAAUAAAAGUCUUCAUGUUACAAUAUAAACCCAUAUCUGAGUUAAUGAGCAAAGGGGUUGUCAUUAUCACUGGGACAGGGUUUGAGCCAGAUUACGAUAUGUUCUUAAAACAUAAAGUGCUCCGUCACUGCAUUACCCCUACCCCUGCACCCUUUUCUCUAUAAGCUGUAUCAAUAUUUAUAUUGUGAGUUAGCUAAACUCAGAAGGAAACUGUUGGCUGUUACCUGGUAAGAAUGCAAGCUGGUGCCUGUUUGAUCUGCCAAAGAUGGUUUGUUGGAGAAGAGAGUCAGUACCAUUUAGAUCAUUUUUUAAAACUUAGUAAGAAUUUAACACUUUAUUUAGGUUGUCCACCCAUAUAUAGUUUAUAGAGUAUGUGUAACAUUUGACUCUAGAUGAUAAAUUAUUUAUAGUGUAUGUGACAAUUCAUGAGCAUACCCUAACCAAUAUGUUUUUUAUGCCUAAAAAUAACCAAACCUUAACCACAGUUGUGUAAUGUCAGAAAACGGUUGUUGGAUCUCAACUAAUUAGAUAUUGAAAUGUUACAAAUACUCCAUAGUGUAUCUAUAGGUGGACUAUCCAGAUAAAGUGUUAGGAGGAAAACAGCUACCUAAUGUUUCUCUUGGUCUAUAAACAAUUUUACGUUGGUUGACAGCACGUUGGCUAACAUUACAAUUGGAUCAAUUUAGGACCAGUUUAAAUUAUAUACCUUCAGCUUUAAUUGUCACCAGAUUUUUAUUUUUAUGUCAUGAUUAAAAGAAUGAAAAACAUGUGAGCUACUGUAAGCUGGUCUGGUUUUCUACAUACAGAUGUAUUAUAGUUCUUUGAAGUGAACUUGAAUUAAAAUACUGAUUGAAAUGUAAUUGCUAGUGGCACAGUUAAACCCUGGUGAGACAAAGGAGGGAACUCGAUCGCUCUAUUUGCUUCACAAUAUUUUAUAAUUUAAAAUAUAUCUUUUGUUAAGAACAAUCACAAACGAAACAAAGGUAUAUGUCUAAAAUAAAUUCUCAUAUCAUGUUAGUAUUAUGUUUGAGCGCUCACAACGUUUAUUGCCCCUGUAGAAGUACUACUGGGUCCAUUUGAACCCCAUACUGGACAAUACUGGCUCAAACACUGCUGGGACUAUUCUCUGCUCGUACAGUGUAGCUUCAGUUAUUGAAUCAUCUUAAUUUUGCAGUAUCAUGCAUAUUUGAUCCCCUCCCCUCUGCCCUCAAACACUGUAUAAAUCCUCCUGAGCCCAGAUGGCCAGAUGCCACAGUACAUAGGAUUAACCACAGUUUGCACUGCAUCAUCAUCAUUGACUGGAGUUUGUCGCUCAGUAUAUAUGAUCUGGCGAUAUUUACAAACAUAAAUCACUGCUACCUUUUUUUCCCCCUCAACAGCACAAGGCUUUCAAGUAUCCUAUGACCUGAAUACACUCUUGACUAACACAUCCAUGGUUGUGUGACCUACCUCAUAAAAGUUCAGUUGAAAAAGUCUUGUUGAUGUAUAAGCUGAAAAGAGGCCACGCCACCCACCUGCAGAGAUCACUGCCUCACCUCGCUCCCAGCUGACAGCGGAGGGAAAAAAAUCUCUCCACUUUUGAAUUUAAGAUAAGAGGAUUUUAAAUAUUCAUGCCAGUGCGUAUUAUUACGGCCCCACUAUCCCCACCCUGAAUUUUUAAAUUACCCAUUUCAAAGCAUCCUCCUCCUCUCACCCCGAUGUAUCUGAAUCAUACUGUUCUGUUUGAAUACAUUUAUGACAAAAGUUUGGAAACAACAAGGUGUUUAAACUCUUGGAGGAGGACAAGUACUGUACUGAAUGUGCCUUUAAAGUAUUUUAUCAAUCAUAACCCUUAUUUAGAGCAUUAUUGCCACAACAAAUAUUUUAGCUGUUCAAUAAUAAAAAAUUAUUGCUCACUUUACCGUUUUGAUUACAUUGGCCAUUUAUAACAUCAACCAAACCAUCAAUCCCUCACUCCACAAGCAUUCCACAUUGGUUGCAGAUAUCAUAUAAUAACAUGACUAUGUGUUUGUGCUUGUUUGAAGAAGAGUGGUUUCUGAAAGAUAAUUAAGUUUAAUAGUUAUUCUGACACAUGUAACCCACAAGUAGCAUAGAAUACAAAUUUAAAAAAUGAAUGAAACAUAGUGAAGUGUCAUCAUAAUUAUAAAUAAUUAUGAUUAAUACAUAGUUAAAGUUCAGUGUAAUUGUGUGUAUUUAUCUUCCAGGGAAACAGGAGCAGGGUUCGAAUCAUCUUCAUCCUAGAUAUUUUCAGGUCAAACUGUAUAGACAAACUGUUUGGUUUCAUUCUGUAACACGGGCAGGGCUGUGUUCGACAGGGACGUUCAUUAAUAUUUUCUGUGAUUGACAUACUGUAUCUGAUUCUAUCUAAAAUGUUCCUGCUGCAGUUAAAAAAAAAAAAAAACUAAGUUUAAACAAACAACAAGAAAUAUUUUGCAGAUGAUGUGUGACUUUGGUUGUCACUGUAGGAAACAUUGUGACAAACUCAGAUACGGUGUUGCCAAUGAAAGCUGACGUAGGGAGGUGAGGCAAUAUAUUGCAAGUGGCAUUUACAGUCUUAAAAGACAAACAUGAAUAAAUACUGACAAGGAGUCAUUUUGUGUUGCAGCUAAUACAAAUAUUCAACCUGUCAGCGUAUGUUUUCAGCACACAAUGCUUUAGUGUAUUGUCAUGUGACCGCUCAAUGCCGGAUGUUUGCAGUUUUCAUUCUGCAAAUUAACAUAUGUAAAACAGCGUUAUCCUGCAGCAAAAUUAAGGCAGUAUAUACUGUAGGUUAUGGAAAUUAUUAGCGUUGUGUCAAAAUGUUGUUUGGCUCUUCAACAAAGGCGUCUGUGGCCAGCAUGAACAGAGAGGAGAGUGAAGGAGUUGUGAGAGAGGGAUUCCUCCUGACCCUGCGGUUAAUGAAACUCUUCCUGUGCCUUUGUCAGUUUUAACUGGGAGAUUGUGUCAUACUACACACUGGAUCUGCUGCCUCCUGCAGUCGCCAUCCGACUUCCCUGAGCAGCAUACUGAGUUGUCGUAUCAAAAAAACCUCUGUUUCUUGAGUGCUAGCAUUCAGUAUGGUAGAUAGGUUUGUUGCACAGCAGUCAAAAACUACCCCUACUGUUAAACGAAGGCAGAAAAAGAAACAAGAAAAUUAUUUCUCUAAUAACCAGUCUCUGGGCAAGCUUCAUUCAGUUGUAAAUGGCAUAAAAAUGCUCAGGUUUUUUAAACAGGCCUCUUUCUUUUCUCUGAAACAUUUAAAUUGGUACAAAAACAGUGAGUAAUUUCUGACUGGUGUGACUCUCCAUUUUCUUUGAAAUCCCUCUGAUAUUGUGGCAGCUGCCAAUGUAGGGGGGACGUGCUAUUUUAAAAAGAGGUUGCAUCAAGUAUUUGUCAACCUGUCCCUCAUUAUUUCCACUGAACUGGAAAAUAAGUUGCCAGGCAAUGAUGCAGAGCCUGAGAUAAUGCCUGGGUUUUAAAGCAAGCUAUCUAAGCCAGGUCUCUCCAUGACGCCGAUGACUGAAUCACACACUGCGAAGCGUUUUCACGUAAAGCUCCCGGGCAAUUGUCAGUUUUCUUGAAGGAUCGAACAGUUUGCCAUAGAGAGAAUGUCACCAUUUGACUGACAGUAAAUGUAAUCCUAUUUUAUUUGUUUUCAUGCCUCAAAAGGCAGAUUACACAUUGUUUUAUAUACACUGAAUGACACAGCAAAUCAGUUCUUUGUAGCACCAGUUCAUCGUAUGUGUCCUCAGUGUUGUCUUUGUUUAAAUGGAGUGACCUCUAGUAGAGUUAAAGGUAUGAGGUGCGGCAUUGCUUCUGUUUGUUUCUCUAAAUUGAAUAUAAUUGCGUACGCCGUUUCUGUUCUUUUUACAAAAAAUGGGAACGGAACAUUAUGAGGUUGACAGAGACAUCCUAAAUUUCUUCUAUGUGGGCUUUUAUUUCUCUUUUUUAAUGUUUGUUUUAUUUAAAUCUUCAAAUCAUCAUGCUGAAAAAUUAUGUGAUGAGAAGUCUGGAACAGAAAUGUUUACUCAAAUGUGUAUGAUGGUCCUUUAGCCACCAGGGAUAUAGUUGUACAUUUAUAGGCUCUAGAUCACUGGAAUGAUAUAUAUGGCUUUAAGUGGCAUUGAUAUAUCUAUAUAUAAUAUAUAUACAUAUAUAUUGAUAUUUGUCCAGAUAUAAGAAAAUCCAUGUACUUUAAUUACUUUAAAGCUUACAUUGUGUAUAGCACGUAUGCAAGUCCAUUUUCAUCAUGUUUGAUGUAAUUUUGUAGCAGUGGUUUGAUACUAAUAAAUGGCAGUUGAUGAUGGAAUUGUA